UCUUAGUUUAUUGAUAAUUGCUUGUAGACCGAUUUUAGUUUGUUGAAACUUUUUAUUUUACUUUAAGUUCGAGUAACUUUUCAUAUCGAUUCAUUACUUUUGAUACCUUGAUAAGGGCGAAUUGUAACUGCUCAGUGUCAGUUGCAUGGUUAAUAACGUAAGACGCGGUUGCUAAACGCGCACGAGUUUUCAUUUUCCCCACAAACACGUCAAGUGCUAUUAUCAAGUGCAUUACUCAAAGAUAUACGACCACAGAGCCCGAAAAGAAACAAAGAAAUUCAUUUAGACUUUUGGUAAUUGUCUUAAAUUCAUUAAAAAAUGAGUAAAAUAUUUCGUAAAAAGGGUAAAAGAAAGGGCGCUGAUAAAUCGCAAGCUAAUGACAAAACUGCUGAUCUUCUGGUCGAUAAAGAGGAGCAAGGCAUCUUUAAAGGUGGUGCAACAUCUCCCGAUUUAAAUAACAAAACUGCUGAUCUUCUGGUCGAUAAAGAGAAGCAAGAAAAAUCUCCCGAUUUAAAUGUAUACCAGAGUAGGAAGACACUGGCACAGGGUAUGAUGGACUUGGCGCUGCUCUCGGCGAAUGCGAAUCAACUGCGUCAUGUGCUGGAGACCGAAACCAAGUCUGCAUAUUUUUUUUAUCAGUUUAUCUUUAAUUUCGUUGAGCAUCAUAUUCCAGAUUGGCGUCGGCGUCGGACUUAUAUGGAAUUACAGAUACGAUAUCAAAAAAGAGGAGGAUAUCUCUCGUGCGAACAGAAUUAAUAAUUACACA